AUGGCUGUUUUUCAUCGCCAUCUUUAUGUUUUGGCUCCUCUGCAUUCGUGUUUAUCAAUUGCUCGCCACCCCAUAUCACAACACAAGCUGGGAAAUUCAUUUAAGUGCCCAACUUUUGUGCCAUUUGCUUUGCCAAAUUGUAACCAUGCACCUGCCGUAUCUUCUUUUACUCAGUUGGUCGAGAGUUUGAUAAAUGGUGUAGAUUUAUCGGAAGCUGAAGCCGAGGCGUCUCUCGAUUUCUUGUUGGAUGGUGCUGAUGAGGCAUUGAUUAGUGCAUUUCUGGUGCUUUUGAGAGCUAAAGGAGAAACUUAUGAAGAAGUAGUUGGAUUUGCAAGAGCAAUGAUUAAGUGCUGUAGGAAAGUGGAAGGGCUAAGUGAUGCAGUUGACAUUGUUGGGACUGGUGGUGAUGGUGCGAACACGGUGAACAUUUCUACUGGAGCUUCAAUUCUUGCUGCGGCUUGUGGUGCAAAAGUUGCUAAGCAAGGUAAUAGGUCGAGUUCAUCUGCCUGUGGUAGUGCUGAUGUACUUGAAGCAUUGGGGGUUGCUAUUAACUUGGACCCUGAGGGGGUAAAAAGGUGCGUGCAUGAAGCAGGGAUUGGCUUCAUGAUGUCUCCAAUUUAUCAUCCUGCAAUGCAGAUUGUUAGACCAGUCAGGAAAAAGCUAAAAGUAAAGACUGUAUUCAACAUCUUGGGCCCCAUGUUGAAUCCAGCGCGAGCUCCUUUUGCUGUAGUUGGGGUGUACAAAGAAGAUCUAGUUCAUAAAAUGGCUAAAGCACUCCAAAGGUUUGGCAUGAAAAGGGCAUUAGUAGUUCACUCUGAGGGACUGGAUGAGAUGAGUCCCCUUGGGCCUGGACUAGUCCUUGAUGUCACGUCAGACAAGAUAGAAAGUUUCUCGGUUGAUCCAUUGGACUUUGGGAUGCCACGAUGCACUCUGGAUGAUCUGCAAGGUGGAGGUCCCGAGUACAACGCUGAUGUACUAAAGCGUGUACUAUCAGGAGAAAAAGGGUCGACUGCUGAUGCCUUGGUGCUAAAUGCAGCAGCAGCGCUCUUGGUUAGUGGACAUGUAAACAAUCUGGGAGAAGGAGUGGAUCUGGCUCGUAAAACACAUCUAUCGGGCAAAGCAAUCAGGACCUUGAAUUUGUGGAAAGAUAUCUCAAAUGUCAAAGAAGAAGCACUGACAGAUGAUCCGGUAAAAAAGACUCAUUAUAUCAGACAAAGAGAGGCUUUCUCAGAUUUUGUAGAAACUUGCGUGCUAUAUGUAAAUCAGUCAGAUGUUGUAGAUGCUUAA